AUGGUUAGAAAAACAAGAAGUGAUAAAAAAAAUACAAUCUGCAAACGUUGUGGUCAUAAAUGCUCAACACCUCAAAAACUUCGUGAGCAUCUUAAGCAAAAAAAUCUAUACAAACCAUUACAAAAGCAGAAGGAAGUAGCUUCUAUUCAAGCGCCAAUUCAGGUGCCUAUUCAAAAAGCUACCCAACAGGCUAUCCAAACUUCCAAAAUCAAAGCACAUGUAGAAAGCUUUAGUGUAAAUACGAGCAACAAGGAGAAGCCACAUGUGGUAAACCCAACUUCAGUUCCUGAGCUAGAACCCGAAAAAGAAGCUCCAGAACUUGCAAGAUUGCGAAGAAGAUGUGAAGAACUUGGUUUGGGCAAAUGUAUUUCAACAGAAACCUUAGAUGGAUGCAUAACUCUUUGCCAUGAUCUUGAUCAAUAUAACCCAGAUUCAGUUUGCCCACCAACAUUAAAAGAGUUAGAGAAAUAUGAAAAGAUAUUAGAUUCUGAAGGCGGUUCUGGACCUAAAACACAAUCAUUUAGAAAAAGAAAUAAAUCUAAGAAUUUGAUUAAUAAAGAAUUUGAGCGCUUAGGAGAAAUUACUGAUAAACAAGAAAGAGAUCUAGAAUUUAGGGAACAAGAAGAAUUAGGCACGGCAUUUAAAAGAAGAGCUAUAGCCGUACAUCGUGCAAAAGUUCCCAAAUCCUAUCCAGAUAAUGGAAGUGAUAUACGAAAAAUGUUAGAAAGCCGAAGAAAACAGUUUAGAGAAAUACUUGAAAAAGAAUUUGACAAGCGUGGACAAUUCAAGUUCGCUCUAUGUUCUCUUACCAAAUUUCUUAUAGAUGAUAAACCUGGAAAUGAAAAACAAGGAAAAAAGAAUUCACAAACUGAUUGGCUUAGAAAUAAGCAAAUUAUAGUCUACAAUAGAGCUGAAAUAGAUGACUACUUAAGCGAUGCCUUCGAACAAAUUCUAUACCAAGUGGAGGAGAGAGGUGGAAGGUCUAAUACUUGA